AUGCCUUUUCAGCCAGAGACAGAUCCAGCUGAUCCUCUGAGCCUCCUUAAGUCGACGGCUCUCCAGGAUCCAGCUGAUCCACAGCCAGGACCGUCCGGCCUUGAGCCACCAGCACACCGUGAUUCUGACCUGACCGGUCUGAAUCCAAUUCCAGGUGAAUCUGGUCUCAAGCCGACCUCUGACAUAGAUUUAGCUGGUCCUGAGCCGGCUGAAAGACCAUUUCUCUCCCUUUAUGAAGUGGGAAAUAAGAUUUCAGCAGGAAUGUUCGGCAGCGUGUUUCAGGGGACUCAAAAAUCUGAUGGCCAACAGGUCGCCAUCAAAUUUAUCCCGAAGAGGAAAAUCGACAAGUAUAUUAAUUUUCCUGGCUAUUCCAAGCCACUGCUGAUGGAAGUAGCUCUAAAUCUCCUGUUGAAAAAAGCUCCAUCAAGCCCCAACAUCGUAUAUAUGCUGGAGUGGUUUGAGGAGGAAGAUCAGCACAUCCUCAUCUUGGAGUAUCCGCGACCCUGCCUGACCUUGCUUGGAAUGCGGCUUGACUGCGAGUGCAGAACCCUGAAUGAAACUCAGGCACGUGGCUUGAUGUUCCAAGCCGUGCUCGCAGCAAAGCACUGUAUUGAUCAGGGUGUCUUCCACCGUGACAUCAAGCCAAGUAACAUCCUGGUCAAUACAGAGACGAUGGAAGUCAAGUUAAUAGACUUUGGCUCUGGUGACCUUGUCCAAAAAUCUGGCUACCAAUAUGAAUUCAGAGGACGACAUCGCCCACCUGAAUUCUACACGAAACGCAAAUAUCACGCCGGCCCAACAACAGUCUGGACUCUGGGCUUUAUGCUGUUCCAAAUGGUAACUGGACGUCCUGCUUUUCGUACAGAAGAGGACAUUAUAGCUGGCGAUCUGACGUUUGACUCCAGUUUAUCCAGAGAAUGCCAGGAUGUGAUAAACCAGUGCCUGAUACGUGAUCCAGACAAAAGAGUGACGUUAGAGCAGCUCUUAGAUCACAAAUGGUUUCAACAGGAAGGUCAUCCAGCAGUAGCUCCGGAGUCAGGUUGUGUGACGUAG